AUGGUCAGAAACAUCGUGGCCAUUGGGCUCAGCCUGCUCUCGACGGCUGGAGUUUUUCUUGGAGGAGCAGCAGCACAAAUGCCCACUGCCAACGGGACACGCUUCACCAUUGACGGCAAGACGGGCUACUUUGCGGGCACAAACUCGUACUGGAUCAGCUUCCUCACCAACAACAGGGACGUUGAUCUCGUCUUGGACCACAUCUCGUCCUCCGGCCUCAGGAUCCUCCGAGUGUGGGGAUUCAACGACGUCAACCGCCGCCCCUCUUCGGGCACCGUGUGGUUUCAACUACUCUCGUCGUCCGGUUCGCAGAUCAACACCGGCGCUGACGGUCUGCAGAGACUCGACUAUGUCGUCCAGUCGGCCGAGAAGCGCGGGGUCAAGCUGAUUAUCAACUUUGUCAACAACUGGAACGACUACGGCGGCAUGCAAGCCUACGUUUCGGCGUUUGGCGGCUCCAAGGAAAGCUGGUACACCAACACGCGGGCCCAGGACCAAUACAAGAAGUACAUUGCAGCCGUCGUCAGCCGCUAUGUCAACUCGCCCGCCGUCUUUGCCUGGGAACUGGCCAACGAGCCCCGCUGCAAAGGGUGCAAUACCGAUGUCAUUUUCAAGUGGGCAACCGACAUCUCGGCUUACAUCCGCAGUCUGGAUCCCAAACAUAUGAUCACGCUGGGUGACGAGGGAUUCGGCCUCCCAGGACAAACCACUUACCCUUACCAAUACGGCGAGGGUACCGACUUCGUCAAGAACCUGCGUAUCAAAAAUCUGGAUUUCGGCACUUUCCACAUGUAUCCUAGUAGCUGGGGCGUGCCGAACAGCUUUGGUCCUGGUUGGAUCCGCGAUCACGCCGCAGCCUGCAAAGCCGCAGGCAAGCCUUGUCUUCUGGAGGAGUAUGGCGUCACAUCCGACCAGUGCAAUGUGGAGCGGACGUGGCAGGCAGCUUCACGAGAACAGGCUGCCAACGGCAUGGGAGGCGACCUGUUUUGGCAGUGGGGAGACCAGCUGAGCACUGGGCAGACACACAACGACGGCAACACCAUCUACUAUGGAUCUAGCACCGCCACGUGUUUGGUGACUGAUCACGUCAGGGCUAUUAACGCCAUGUAA